GGGCAAAAGGUCAAAGUCCAAGAUGGCGUCCGGAGGUUUGCGAGUUCGUUCUGCCUUCAGACAGGGACUUUUUACGGACAAAGUCGCCAUCGUAACCGGAGGAGGGACAGGGAUAGGGAAGUCCAUAACUAAAGAACUACUGUACCUAGGAUGUAAAGUAAUGAUUGCGUCCCGUAGUGAGGAGAAGGUUAGAACAGCAGCGGAGGAAAUGUCAUCUCAAAUCCCCACAGACAGCUCUGCUCAGGUCAGGGCUCUACAGUGUAACAUCAGGAAGGAGCAAGAUGUAAAAAAUUUAUUUUCCAAGACCAUUGGUGAGUUUGGAAAGCUGGACUUCCUGGUGAACAAUGCGGGUGGUCAGUUCCCCAGUCCAGCUGCCCACAUCAGCCUUAAGGGCUGGAAUGCUGUGGUGGACACCAACCUUAACGGAACAUUCCUCUGCUGUAGGGAAGCAUAUCACUCCUGGAUGGCAGAAAAUGGUGGAGUCAUUGUCAACAUCAUAGCAGACAUGUGGAAAGGGUUUCCUUUGAUGAGCCACACUGGGGCUGCACGGGCUGCUGUGGAUAACCUGACUAAGAGCCUUGCGCUGGAAUGGGCAGCCAACGGGAUCAGGAUCAACUCUGUAGCACCUGGAACCAUCUAUUCAACUAGUGCAGCAAGGAAUUAUGACCCCAGCUUUAAGAUAUUUGAGAAUCAGGUUCCUUUCAUUCCAGUUAAAAGGCUAGGGAAUCCAUGUGAGGUGUCGACUGCGGUGUGUUUUCUACUGUCUCCUUCUUCUGCGUUCAUUACCGGAGAGACGAUAAAGGUUGAUGGAGGUCAGAGUCUGUACAGGAAUAGUUUUGAAAUCCCAGAUCACAACAAACAGCCGGCGUAUGACUGGGAGAAGUUAAUAGAGGAGGAAGAAAAUGAUGGCAGCCCCAAGUCUAAACUAUAAACUCAUCAGGACUCCAUCUACUAUCAUAGUGAAAUAUUUGCAGAGGUUUUAGAUCAUCAGGACUACUGUAAAUAGUGAAAUUUUUGAAGAGGUUUUAAAUCCCCCCGUUGCAAACUCAUCACACGGUGACUCACUGGUCUCGAGGCCAGAGUAGAAUUUAAAAACAUGAAAAGUUUCAAAUUUGGUUCUGCAAUCAAAUACGUGAGAUUGUCUAGUGACGUCUUCUCUAUGAUCAGUCUACAGUGUAAACUAUGAAGAACCGCAUGCCUAUAUGUAGGUUAUAGAAUGAUAUCUUGUGACAACUGCUUUACAUAAAAGCAAUAUAUCUUGGCAUAGAAUUGGCUCCUUUGCUCCACUGUUCGUAAAUAAUUGACUACACAAGUUAUGAAGAUACUACUCAACUUAUUUUUAUUACACCUUUCUUAGUACAUACAAUGAAUUACGUACACAUAACGGUUAAAAGAUAAAAGAUGAAGUUAUGUGGGUUAAAAAGCAGACAAUACAUACCUCCUUCCUCGUCUUUGAAAAGUUGUCUUUCUCACCCAAACUUUAAGAUUAUCAUUACGUUUUGUAGUUUGAAAAGAAUCAACCACAUCAUCUCUACAUCGUU